AUGGAACUUCGUUCAACAGUGCAUCUGCCGCAGCGUCUCAAUUCAGAUUUAUUCUACACUCCAUUAUCGAAAAGACCAUUACGUGAAAAUAGAGAGGAGUCUUCCCUCCGGCAUAUUGAUUUCAAUCCCAACUUACCCCCGGCUGCAUUUCCCACUCUAGAGAGGCCUCGCGCAUCCGAGUCGAGUCAUCAACAACUUGAACAGGCUCAGGUUGACCGGUAUACGACCAGAAAUAAACAAAGGCGCUCAAAUAAUAAUCAAAACAACAGUUGUGCAAAGACACAGACGCAAAGAGAAUCCAAGCUUGACUUGGACGAGAUACCAAUGGAUUUGAUUGAGAAUUAUGCUGCAAACAAUGCCGAUUCGAACUCAAUUUACGUGAUAAAGACAGCAGGAAUGGCGGCAACACCUCAUAAAGAUAUGGAAGACAGUGACCCAGAGGAGGUGAUGGUGAAGAGUCAUCAUCUCCAGUUGGGAGAGUCUACUUCAAUUCGGAACCCUAACUGGAACAAUCUUUCGGAACGGAUGCAGGUAGAAAUUUUUGAUAAUAUCCUGGAAUGCCACAGCUGGCCCAGUGCGUGCCAUAUGCUUGGUCUGACAACGGAGGAACGCGAGGCAAUUCAGGGACUAUUGAGAGCUCGCAUGGAACAGAUCCAUUUGGAAGAUUCGCAGCUGAAGGCGAUGAGAGCUAAACAACUGAGAGCGCUCCUAAAGGUCGAUAAUAGUUCUUGGAAGUGCACCAGGGUACCACAUCAGCUAGUAUUUCGAAAGAUAUCCCGACAGUUUGCACACAAGUUGAAGGAAGCCGUAAAAACAGACUAUCUUCUUUGCGAAGCCCAGGAGCUCUUGAGCGCAAGGAGGUUCUUGCGCAGACGCGGAAUUGAUAUCAAGUUUGCUGGAAAUUGGAGCAACAACAUG